UCGCGUUGCUAUCGAAUGCUGGGUGGGACUUGGGAGCAUGUUAUCCACAAUGACGGGACAUCUUAUCGGAACUGUCCUCGAUGCUUCAAUGGGCCUCUGCGCCCAACAAAAGCCCAUCCUGCCCCAGGUCGGGUCAAAACAGAAAAAGUUGAGACUACAAGACCGUAUCACGGGAAGUGUUCCGACGCCAAAGCUGCAAGGAAGGAACUGACGGCGGCGCAGGGUCGCUCUCAUCUUCUUCUCGUCGCCCUUCCCCGCCUAUCAUCUCUGCAGUCUGUCGCCGUCUCGGAUGGACGAGGUGAUCACGGCCUCCGAUGCAUCCGCGACCCUCCGAUCGGCGGCCUCGGAACCCUCCAUUGUCCCCUCCAACAUCCCUCUCCUCUCCGCCCUCCUCUCCCUCGCUCUCGCUCAGUUCCUCAAACUCUUCACCUCCUGGUGUGCAGGUACAAGGACAGGAGAUGGGAUUCGAGGAAAAUGCUUGGUUCUGGUGGAAUGCCAUCAUCACAUUCAGCAACUGUGAUGGCGCUGGCAGUUUCUAUUGGUAUACAGGAAGGAGCUGGAUCAUCAUCCUUUGCCAUUGCUCUGGUCUUGGCAUGUGUUGUUAUGUAUGAUGCUACUGGUGUAAGGUUGCAUGCCGGUCGCCAAGCUGAAUUACUAAAUCAAAUUGUCUGUGAGCUUCCUCCUGAGCAUCCUGUCUCCAGCAUAAAGCCUCUACGAGAUUCACUGGGCCACACUCCUGUUCAGGUUGUGGCGGGUGCCGUAUUGGGAUGUGUUGUUGCAUAUCUUAUGACUAGCUAAGUUCAAAUUAAAAGGAUGGUAUGAUCUUAUAAUGGUGAAAAAGUAUGAGUAGGUUCUUCAGCUUUUUGAUAGGUGCAAAGCAUUGUAGGAGAACUCCGAUUCCACGAAGGCCAUUCUGUGUAGAGGGGAAAGGGAAUCGGGUUUUCAUUCACUGUAAUUGUCUAGUUUGAUUUGUACGAAGACGUGUGCCAGGUAAUUUGUAAAAAUUUGGGUCACAGAUGUCCUCAUGAUAUAUAUAUAUAUAUAUAUAUAUAUGUUGGAGUGCAUCUCUCUUGUUUCACUA